AGAGAGUUCAUUUUUCUCUUUCCCGAGAAGUUGCGACUCACGAGUGUAGGGAACAUUAAUGCUAGGGUUCUUCCGAAGAUUCUCGAACCAAAUUCGUCUCCUUGAUUCAGUUUAUGGGCCUCGCGCGCUAUGUUCUAGAUACUUUUCCUUCCUGCCAUCGGAUUCGGGUAUUCAGGAGAGCUCUCCGUUGUCAAAAUCAAGGCUUGAUGUCGACGGGUUGAUUGAAGGCACCAAACCACGGCAUGGCAACUGCAGAAAUAGAUAGUUCAACAUCACUUAGUAGUGAUCUUCUGUACGAUAUACUUCGUCGCCUCGAUGGUCCUUCUCUAGCAAAAGCCGCUUGUACUUGUGCUGACUUCAGUUCCAUAUCAAAAGAGGAAGUACUAUGGGAAAAUGCAUGCCAUUCUCUUUGGCCCUCAACUCAUAGAGAUGAUGUUAGGAGUCUAAUCUCCUCCAUUGGUGGGUUCAGAAGAUUCUAUGCAGACUGCUUCCCCCUUAUUGUCAGUGAGGGCAUCCCUGCAGUUCAAGCUGAUAGCAAUCUUCCCUAUCCUGAUGAAUGGACUGAGAAUGAUUACUAUGGGGACAAUGAUGAAAAUGAAAGCGUCGUGCCGUCGGAUUUCAUUUCCAUUGUGGAUGUAAGGUACAAAGAAAAAACAGUAUAUUCAAAAGUUCUAUGGGGAAUUACAGAUUCUGACGGUUAUAACGGUUGGUUUCAUCAUUGCCCGUUUCGAAUCGACCUGCUCAGCUAUUCGGAUGGAUCCGACGAUGACGAUAACGACGUUCUGCUCUCAGUUGAUGAUGGUUUGCCACCCAUUACAUCUGUAGAAAGAGAAAGAAAAGAUGGGAAAUUGUGGAGGGAUCUGCAUGAGGGAAUUAAGCUAAGCUGGAUCAUUGUGAAUAGCAGACUGAAACAAGCUGCAAAUCUUGCAAGCUGGAGUCCCCUUGGAGGACAGAGGCAUUGGCCAGCUGAUAGGAACUUCCUUCUUCGAUUUGGAUCGAUACUUCCGGCUAAGGACAUUCUCCCAUGUCAGGUUGCAGAAUGCAUUAUUGUCAUGAAAUUUAGUAUUGUGAAUACAGGAAAUGGAGAGGGUGGUAUGGCUACAGCUCUCAGAUUAACAGAGCUAAGUAUGCAGCUGGAAGAUAUGGCUGGAGCUCAUGUUAAUGGGCGCAAUAGUCUGCUUGUUUUAAAAGAAGCUUUGAGUUGCAGGAGGAGCAGGAACUAUAGCCAAGUUUUAGAGUACUGUCACUUGUAUUUGAAGGCUCAGAAUGAGUUUAAAGAGGAGAAAAUCAGGAAUGAAAGCUGGUUCGAUAGGCUCUAUAUAAUAAGCAGCAUUGCUGUAGUUGCAGCCUUUUGCUUUUGUUACAUAUUUUGAUGAAAGAACGUUGUCAGGAUAUUCUGUGAGAUGAAUUUAAAAAUUAUUGUAUUUAUUUUGAGAUUAAUAUUAUAUAAUUAUAUUAGAGGUGUCAA